AUGGACAAUUUCGAAUUUGAGGAUUUUAUAAUUAUAAAGAAAUGUUUAGGCACUUUAGCCAAGAAUGUGAGAAUUGUUGGCGGUCACGAUGGAAAUAUACAGACGCAUCCGUUUAUGGUAUCAUUCAAAUAUGUUGGCGAUUAUAAAAUUAUUUGUGGAGGUUCAAUAAUCAGUAAUAAACACAUCCUUACCUCGGCUCAGUGCGUGAGAACUAUAUAUGGUGACGUAAGAUAUGUACGAGUCUACUCAGGAAUCGCACCAUUGGAGGGAAUUGCAGGAAAUGAGAAUGAAAUUGAAAAUGCUUACAUUCAUCCUGGAUUCACAGCUAAACAUAACGGCGAUGAAAUGUUUCUACAUGAUAUCGCAGUCGUCAAGUUGAAACAUUUUAUUGUAUUUAAUGAAAUACAAAAUGCCAUAGACCUUCUAGACAGAGAUGUUACUGACAAUGACAGCGGCUUUAUUUUCGGCUGGGGAUCAAUGUCGCAUCCUACGCCUUCAUAUCCUAUACAAAUGCAAAAAGCCAGAAUGCAUGUUGUUUCACAAACAUUUUGCGCCAGUCUUGUAGGAUUUCAUUUAUUUCAUUGUCAAUUUUGCACAUAUAACCAGUUAGGAAUUGGUCCAUGUUUGGGUGAUAGCGGAGGUCCGUUAGUGAUUGAUGGAAAAAUUGCCGGAAUCAUUUCGGUUUCAGUUCCCUGUGCCCAAGGUGCACCGGAUAUAUAUGUCAGAGUUUAUAAUUACAUCGGUUUCAUAAGAGAUAUGAUGAAUAUAUAAUUCACAUUAUCUAUUAAUUUUUUAAUAUUCCACAGAUUAUUCUCACACAUUGAAAACUUGUAUACCCUAACUCUUAUUGUUCCAAUGUAUUCAAUUAUUUUAUUGA